AUUCGGGAGACAGAAUUGUGCGCGUGUUGUGGUUCUUUUUAUUUCAUUACGGCAUGGGACGAAGUUUAUGACUUCGAAUAUGUUUCGAUGGGCCGUUACUGAUGCAAACCUUCCCCAUUUGUUUUAAUUUUUGUUAUCGAGUCGAAUUUUCCUGGAUUUUGAGUAAUUUAGGAGUCGGUGGCUUGACACAUUUACAAACGAGUUUCUUUUUCGAUGAAUGGGCUUAUGAUGUCGACUUUUGUUCGAUUGGUGUUUCCCUUACCGUGUCAAUUUCUAAUUCUUUCUUUCAGAUUCAUGGCCACCACAGAUUGAUAUAUAAUGAUAUAUAUUAGCUGCCCCUUAAUUGGUUAGAUUUGCGCGAUGAGGGAAUUAUGUAAUGACUCAAAGAUUCAGACGGACCCCUACUUACAAUUAGAUAAAUAUAAUGAGGCUUGAUCUCCUUGCCACAAACUGGUUGAAUUUAUGGUCUUUUGAGAACUUGGAUACCUUGACAGUAACCUCACACAACUUGAUUUAGUCCAUCACUAUGAUCGCGACAGAAUCCGUUGUACCUAUCAGAAAACUGAAGAUUAAAUUUCCUUCCAAAAUUAUUGAAGUUGAUCCUGUGACAAAAUGUGAGUUCCAGCAGAACUUGUCUACCCUCAAUGAAAAUGGGUGUGGUAGUCUGAAGGAGAAGUCCUCCAAUAAGCGGAAACCACAAGUAAGUAUUGUGGGCCAAAAGGAGAAAAGGCAGAAGUUAGAUCGGAAAAUGUCUCUGCAGUGUGUCUCCAUUCUUAAGAGUCUGAUGUCUCAUCCAUAUAGCUGGGUUUUUAGUAAGCCAGUGGAUCCUGUAGCAUUGAACAUACCAGAUUAUUUCACAAUCAUAUCUGAACCCAUGGAUUUAGGCACAAUAAAAACGAAGCUGGAGAAACAUGUGUACUAUGGCAUUGAGGAAUUUGCUGCUGAUGUCAGGCUGACCUUUUUGAAUGCUAUGACGUAUAACCCUCCUAGUAAUGAUGUUCAUUUAAUGGCAAAGGAACUGAAAAAGAUUUUCGAGAGGAAAUGGAAAGAAUUGGAGAAAAAAUGGUCUUGUGAAGUUGAGCAUGGAAAAUGUGCAGUUGGAACUAUGAAGGAAACUGUGAGAAAAAGUUGUAAUGGGGGGCUAUCCCUGCAAAAGGAACUUUCUUCCAUAAAGGUGCCUGAACAGAAUGGUAUUCAGAAGAGGAGCUCCUUUGCUGUAAGAGGGGAUAAGGCGGAUGUUUUCAAGUCAGCACAGGUUCCUCGUAGAUUAACUGCUAAAGGCAUACUUGAAGGCAGCAAAGGUAAAAAUGGGACGCAUAUUUCUGGUUGUGCAAAAGCCUGUCCUUUGACUCCUGUCAGUCACAAAUGUAAUACAUGUGGUGACAUUUCUUGCCAAUGUGUUCUUCCAAGCAACUCAACAUGUGCAUCUUCAGAUUUAUCUUCUGAAGGAUCAGAAGAAAGGGAUCAACAUGCAUUUGGUGCUGAUGCGAUGAGACUGAGGAAGUCUGAUCCUGAUUCUGAUGGGGUUGUAAGUGCUUUGGAUAGUGAACAUGUAUGCUCUACUCAGCAUACAACUUCAGCUACUGACUCGUCCACUGGAGAAGUGUGGAAUGCUCCUGUUUGUGAUGUUCAGCUGUCACCUAAAAAGGCUCUUCGUGCUGCAAUGCUAAAAAGCCGCUUUGCAGAGACUAUCUUAAAAGCACAACAAAAGACACUCCUUGACCAUGGUGACAAGGCUGAUUUGCUGAAAGUGCAGCAAGAAAAGGAGAGAUUGGAAAAGUUUGAGCGCGAAGAGAGAGCUAGGAUUGAGGCUCAAAUCAGAAGUGUUGAAGCUGCUACGAAAAAGAGGGCUGAGGAAGAGUCCAAGCAACGAAGAGAAAAACAAAGAGAAGCUGCCCGAGUUAUGAUAGACAAGGUGGAAAAAACUACGGAGUUUAACUCGGACAGUUUUAAGGAACUUGAAAUGUUAAGCGGGUGUGCUCUAUCAUAUCGUGUUCGGAGACAGGUAAUUGGAUCAGAUAGAUUCCAGCGGGGAAGCCCCUUGGAACGUUUGGGUUUGUUCUUGAAGAAUGAGUACAUGGCUGAUGAAGAUGAGGAUGUUCUGAACGGAGGUUGGGAAGAAGGGGAAAUUCUUUGAAACGCCUUUUUUGCUGUUCUUCCUGCUCUUGUUAAUACAUUUUUGCCCAGGGGAACAGACGAAAUUGCUGUAAAUGCGUAUCUAUUCUGAAAUGAAAGAGCUGCCUACAUUUUAUCA